AUGGCGUUGAGGCCGAAAUUCUUGUGGGCGAUUUCGUCAGGCCAGGUUUGGGCACAGGUCGGACGCAACUCUGUUUAUCAUAUAUGUACUCCGUACUCCGUGCGAAGAAAAGAUCUUGUGAAACUCAAGUGCGCGCUUGUACACACCUAUUUGGAAAAACGAAACCCCCCGAGGUUUGGGCACUGGAGUUGCGCUAUGUUGCUCCAUUACCCGCUCCUGUAUGGGAUAUGGAAUGCCCUUGCUCACCAGCCAUACCUGCAAAACAAAAGUAGAGAGUGGUGGGUGGUGCUCAUGUUGGAAGGGCAUGUUACUCUACGUUUGGCAACACGAAGGUUAGCAAGAGCACCCUUGCAUAUCCCCCAAGAGAUGAGAAUGGAGUGA